UGAGGCGCACGCUCCGCUCCGCAGCUGGACUCCUCGGUCACUCCCCCGCCCGGGUCCAUCCUUCAAGAGCCGCCUGCCCGCAGCCCGCCGCUCCAACGUGGAGGGAAAGGAACACGGAGAGGGAGACGCUGCGCGGCUCUAUUGUUAGUUCGGCUUGAAAUUUACGGCUCGGUCGACAUAUUGAGUGCGUCGCCGGCGCAGGGACGAGGGAGGGACUGUUUGUUUCUCCCGGAGUCUUCAGGAGCGGAGUCGACGAUUGGAAGGACACUGAAGGAUAAGAGAAGCUGGACACUCAAGACAGUUGUGAGCCCCAGACCGAGUUUACAGCAGCAAGGUUGUCGUCCACACCUUAGGAGAAGGGGAUGAAACCGGAUGGGGUUACCAUGGAAACCACAGAGCCCACUGAAGCUGCAGCAGCAGCAGAGCCCUCCUUAGUGCAGGACAAUGUAACAGAACAAGCCCCAUCUCAACUAGAGGAAGCAGCAAAUGUUGCAGCACCCAGCCCUGCUCCAAAGGCCAAUGGCAAGCCAGGGGCAGCUGACCCCAAAGCCAAACCAAAAGCUGUUGGAACUAAAACACAUCCCACAGCCAAAUCUGCAGGGGUUUCUGGAUCUAGCUCACGUCUAGGUACUGCCUCACACCGCACGGUGAAUGAUGGCAGACCCGCUAACAACGCUUCUGCAGCUGCAGGCAAGAAAACUGCAACAACUACAGCAAAGUCAGCAGCAGCAGGAGCUGUACCUAAAAGACAAGCAGGUGUAGCAGCAGUUUCUAGCACAACCAAGAACCAAACUAGAGUGCCUGACAAGAAGACUGUUGGACCUGCCAGGACUACCUCUGCUGCUGCUGCUACAGCAGCAAAUGGUACCAAACCAACAACAGUGAAUGGUACUCUUAAAAAGAGACCAGCAGCUGAGACUGUGAAUGUAGCCAGACCCAAAACCACAGCUGCUGCCAGCAGGACGGUGGCUUCUACAGCUCCAAAACCCAACACUUCAACCACAACUAAAGCUGUUGGUGCUGCUGCUUCGAAAACCACAAGGCCUGCUACAGGUCCCUCCACAUAUCGACCUACAUCCACCACAUCCAGGCCCACAACGGGUACAACCAAGCCCUCCACCACUGCAACUACCAAAACCACAGCCUCCAGAGUUACCACAGCACCACCUACUGGCAGGACCACAGCAGCACAGCCUCCUAAAACUGCUGCUGCUGCUAAGAAAGAUGUCAGUCGACCAUCCUCUACUGCAGAGGUUAAGAAAUCCACCACCGCUACAGCAUCAGCUGCUACCAAAAAAUCGGAACCCUCUAAACCCACAGCCAGUGGAAAAGUCAUUCCUGCAUCCAAAUGGUCCACAACAACGAAGCCAGUCGACACCAAGUUGUCACAGUCCAAACCUCAGCAACCUGCAAAGCCUACACCCACCAAGAAGCCUGUUGCCGCUGUACGAUUCCCUGCGACUAACAAACCGCCCCUCGGCCGCACCCUGCCUGCCUCUCCAGCCAACAGACCUGCAAACAGUAGCACCUCUCAAGCAAAACGUGGAACCAAACCCACUCAGACUGUCCCACCUUUCACUGCUGCCAAGAAGACAGAAGUUUCAAAUACUAUAUCACCUACUGUUGAAACACAAAGUGCAGCUGGAGCUGUGGCAGCAGCUGGAGCUGUGGCAGCAGCUGGAGCUGUGGUAGCAGCUGCCACAGCAGCAGCUGUGCUGGCUGAAACACAAGCGGAGGCUACAGCGGCCUUACCACAAGGGUCAUCCCUUGCUGCAUCUGCACCAGUGGAGGUUUCUUCCCCAGUCUUGGCUCAGGUUACUACACCAGAGGUGGCAUCUCAAGAGCCCACUCAAAGCCAUGAAGCGACUCCCUGUCCUCCAUUAAGCCCUGUUGGGACAACCUUGCCGCAAACAUCUCCACCAAAGCAACAGCUGGAAAGCAGUGCUCCUUUAUUGACAACACAGGAGCAGGUCCCUGCCCCAGCUAAGCCUCCAUUAGCACACGGGGCCUCCCCUCCAGAACUAUCAGAGGAGGCAGUUUACUUGUUAACUGACCAAGCCCCUUCAACAUCUACAGCCCUCCUAGCAGCAGCAGCAAAUUCCAUUCCUCUGAUAGUUCCUCCAUCCAAUCUAAAUGAGGAGGAAGAUGAAGAAGAGCGGGAGGGAAGCCAGCUGGUUUCUGUGUCUGAAAUGAGUGGAACCACACAACCCACAGAGGAGUCUCGUCCUGGAUCAGCGGGACCAGUAGGGGGAUCUGCUUGGAGAGCUGGUGGCGCCUUGCUCUCUGAGUUGGACUCUGAGGAGGUAAGCGGCAGCCAGCAGGGUGCAUCUGAACUUAGUGCCCCAGGUGUCCUGGAGGGUACGGAGAGCAUGGAUGAUCUGGGAGACGCCAGUCUCAAAGGAGGGAUUGACAUGGAAGGAGCCUCAGCAGGUUCACCUGACUUUGAGAAGGUUCCUGACAUUCCAGUUAAUGACUUUGAUGAGGACGAUGACGACGAGGAUGACAAUGAUCGGGUGUGUGACAUGGAUGUGGGCUCAGAGCGGACAGAUGAACCACAGAGACCCAGGCAUGACAAUGAUGUAGAUGAUGAUGAGGAGGACGAUGAUGUGGAGAUGGCAAGUGAGGGGGUGACUGAGAGUGGGUUGGAAAGCUAUGGGAAUGCAGAUGAGGAUGAUUUUGCUGAGGAUGAAAGGCUGGAUAACUUGAACAGGAUAGCCCAGCCACCCCCUCCCCCACCUCUGCUGCCUUCUGCCCCAGCUGCUCAGUGGGACCAACCAAACCCCUUUGCUGAUCCCUGGGCAGAACCUCUGGAGCCUGUCCAGGUGGCAGGAGCAGCUGCGUCAAGCCCUAUGGCAGACCCCUGGCAAGCAGACUCUGAGACCCCAACUCAGACCCCAGCCCAAGCCUGGUUAGAACUAGGGUCGGACCCUUGUGUUCCUGAAAACCAAGAUGCUCACCCUCAUUCCUCUGUUAAAGGUGAGCCACAAAAUUCAGAGACCCAUAUGUACACCAAUCAGUCCAGCCCAGCUCCGGGGCAGGCCCUGGCUCCAGCCCCUCUCUCUGCUCCAGGAAUGUCUCUGUCAAGCACACUGAGCAGUGAGACCAGCACACCUGAAGAACUGGGUGACUACAAUCGAGACGGGAAACUCCAACCUCAAGCUACGCAAGCCCCACUGCUGUCCCCCCAGCCUGACCUAGACUACCAAGACCUGGGUAUCCAUUUAGAGAGCGGAGACAAGGAAGAAGAAGAAGAGGAGGAGCCAGAGCCAGAAACCCUGCCAGCUGAUGAAGUCUUGGGUGGCCCUGCAACUGCCCCCACAUCAAACCCUUCCUCAUCCUCUGUAACAGAAGACGAGGCCAGCGACACAGAAGGAGAAGCUCAGUUGGAAGAUUCCUUGGAGAUUCCAUCAGUCAAGAACAUAACCUUCGACAGCCAGCCUCCAACCCAGCGAUGCCUGUCCACUGUGGAAGAGGGAGAGGAGGCUGAGACGGAGCAGGUGGAGGGUGGCGCAGGUGAAGACACAACUCCACCUUCAGCUACCUCGCUGGCAUCUUACGGCUUUGACACCGUAACCACAGCUUCAAGCUCCAACGCCCAUUCCACAGGGGAGAGCUGCAUCAAGAGCCCUGGCAUCUUCUCCUUGGAGGAGCUGCCCGAAGAAGCCAAGCAGCCCUGUUUUAGCCCACAACCUGACAUCCAGCCAUGUCUCUCAGAGCAGAAGUACAUCGAGUCUGGGAAGCAGGAAGUGGAGUCCGCUGAGCAUGUCGGGGAGGAAGUGCUGGGGUCAGAGGAAGCCCCAGAUCCUUGGGGCAAUUUGCAGCAACCAGAGGAAAACCCAGACGACACCCAGCCUCCCUACUAUUCCACUACCUGUGAAAAGACUGAGGACUCUUGUGCAGGUAACGUAUAGUUCAUCAUCUCCCUUACAGUCCAAGUAAUGUCCCUAAACUCCCUCUGGCCAUGUUCCAGCCUCCAAACAACAUCACAGUUGUAGCUCUUGUUGUCGGUGUCCUGAAAUCUCUGGGGGUGGACAAAAUCACAAAAAAAAAAACAAAAAAAAACAGAGAGCAAAAAAAAAAGGGAAGAAAUAAAAAGAGGACAGCAGUGGCACUUCCCUCUGAUAUAACAUUUCCAUUAUGAGUAUAUGGCUUCAAUUCCUGUAUGUGCAAUAGCUAUGUCUAUUUACUUCUAAUGUGUGAGCGUGCGUGGGUUUUGGUUUCUGUUUUUAUUUAACACAGAAUUAUGUGGUUAUCCUGAACUGGCAUGGAUGUGACUUGUCUGUUUACAGCUCUUAAUGAGGGAAAACAUAACAAAAGAAAUGUGGAAUGAAUUGUUUAAUAUGUUUCCAUGUGUAUUCAUCUUAGUGCUUCUUACCGAACUAAACUAAAAGCAAAGAGUUUUGAUUGUGUAUUCAUGUUUGAUUUCACUCUCCUAUCCUACACAAGCCACUUUCCUUAUCCUCAGUCUUCUUGCACUUUAAGAUGUAACCCGCCUUUUCUUUUGUUUAUCCAUCUUUUGGACUAAUGAACCUUAAAACUUUAAAUAAAGAUUAGAUUUUUACCAUGA